CAUCACUGUACAGAACGCGCACAGCCCGGCUGCUGAUGCUGAACAGCAGGGGAAAAAAAAGCAAAGCCAUGGGUUUAGAUUUGAGGAUUCCGGGCCUUCAUACAUUCUGGAGAGUGUUCUUAUGGUCUUCCACGUCCCGGAGAUAAUGGGGAAGAAACAAGAAGUGAAACACAGAAGGAUUUCUAAUGAAAAGAUGAAUAUCCCUUAAUGAAAAUAUUCAAGGCACCGUAUUAUUUGCAAAAAUGGCAAAGAAAGGGCGUUCAAAGGGCGAAAAGCCUGAAGCUCUGGUUUCUUCCCUGCAGGCUGCCAACGAAGAUCUCAGGUCAAAACUGACAGAUAUUCAAAUAGAAUUACAUCAGGAGAAAUGCAAGGUAAGCAAACUUGAGCGAGAAAAGGUUCAAGAAGGAAAACGAAUCCGCGAGCAGGAGCAACAUAAACACACAGUGACCCUAACGGAGCUCAAAGCCAAACUCCACGAGGACAAAAUGAAAGAGCUGCAGGCUCUCCGUGAGAACCUAGUCAAACAGCACGAGCAGGAAAUGGCGAGGACAAUAAAAAUCAAAGACGGGGAGAACCAGCGGCUCAAGGCAGUGCUCAGCUCCUUGCGGGACGGGAGCAGUGAUAAAGUAAGGACAGCGUUGACGCUUGAGGCCAGAGAGGAGGCCAGGAGAUUCUUUGACUCUGAACGCCUCAAACUGCUGCAGGAAAUUACAGAAUUGAAAUUGGCCAAAAAACAAGUGGACGAGGCCCUUAAUAACACGAUUCAGGCGGAUAAAAUGAAAGCUGGAGACCUGAGAAGCGAACAUCACUUACAUCAGGAGCAUAUAUCCAAGAUCAAGUGGGAAAGUGAGAGAGACAUCCGGAGGCUGGUAGACGAGAUUAAAUCAAAAGACAGGACAGUUUUCGCUCUGGAGAAGGAGCUGGAGAGUCAGACCAGCUUCAUUCAGAAGCUCCAGUUGCAGAAGGAUGCCCUCGACGAGCAGCUGUUUCUGGUGAAAGAGGCCGAGUGUAACAUUGGCAGUCCCAAACGAGAGAUUCCUGGAAGGGCAGGAGAUGGGGCAGAACAUUGUGGCAGCCCAGAUUUGCGGAGGAACCACAGAAGGGUUGCCGAAUUAAAUUCCACAAUCCGCAAACUGGAGGACAGAAACACCUUGCUGGUGGAUGAAAGGAAUGAACUGCUGAAGCGAGUCCGAGAAUCUGAAAAACAGUGCAAACCGAUGCUUGAGAAGAACAAGUGCCUCACUAAACGAAAUGAUGAACUCACCCAGUCGCUACAGCGCUUGGAAGACAAGAUAAAAGCAUUAACUAAAGAAAACCUAGAAAUGAAAGAAAAAAUCAGUUCUCAUCCACCUCUGAAGAAACUGAAAUCUUUGAACGAUCUGGAUCAAGCUCAGGAUGAUCAAGAAAUAGAAUUUUUAAAACUUCAGGUUCUAGAACAGCAGAACAUGAUAGAUGACUUAACAAGGGAUAGAGAAAAAUUGCUGCGUAAGAAGCGGCAUAAACGAAGUUCAAAAGCCCACAAGCGGCCUAUAUUGGUGGACACCUUUUUUGGGUACGAUGAUGAAUCAAUGGAUUCUGAAACCUCUUCGGUGGCCUCGUUUCGCACUGACCGAACACCAGCCACACCUGAUGAGGACCUGGAUGAUGGUAUGGCAGCAGAGGAGUCUGAGUUGAGAUUCCGCCAGAUGACCAGGGAAUAUCAAGCCCUUCAACGAGCCUAUGCUCUGUUACAGGAACACACGGGAGGCCUUAUAGAUGCUGAGAGAGAAUCGAAGGCCCAAGAACAACUUCAAGCUGAAGUACUCAGGUAUAAAGCUAAAAUUGAGGAUCUAGAGAAGGAACUUGCUCAGAAAGGACAGGAUUCAAAAUGGGUCGAAGACAAGCAACUAUUUCUUAAAAGAAAUCAAGAACUUAUUGAAAAGAUAGACACCCUUGAGGCAGAAAUGAGUCAUCUUCAAGAAGAACUUCAAGACUCCAAGGACCAGAACGAACUGCUAGAAUUUCGUAUCUUGGAAUUAGAGGAGCGUGAAAGGCGAUCCCCUCCUUUCAAUCUCCAGAUCCACCCCUUCUCGGAUGGAGUCAGUGCUCUUCAGAUCUACUGUAUGAAGGAAGGGGUCAAAGAUGUAUGUAUUCCUGAUCUGAUAAAGCUGUUGGACAUUCUGGGAGACAAUGGUAAUUUAAGAAAUGAAGAGCAAGUGGCCAUCAUACAAGCAAGCACUGUAUUGUCACUUGCAGAAAAGUGGAUACAACAGAUUGAAGGCACUGAAGCUGCUCUGCAUCAAAAAAUGCUGGACUUAGAAAUGGAAAUGGAUAUGUUUUGUAAGCAGAAAGGCUAUUUGGAGGAGGAACUCGAUUAUAGGAAACAAGCCUUGGACCAGGCAUACAUGCAAAUCCAAGAUCUGGAAGCCACCCUGUAUAACGCCUUGCAGCAGGACACAGUGAUCAAAUUUGGAGAGUCUCUGAACGAGAAGCAGAAGGACGAGCUGAGAUCAGCCGUGGAGAAACUGAGGCGUCAGAUGCUGAGAAAGAGCAGGGAGUUUGACUGCCAGAUUCUGCAGGAGAGAAUGGAGAUGCUGCAGCAAGCUCACCAGAGAAUUCGAGAUCUGGAGGAUAAAACGGAUAUUCAGAAGAGACAAAUCAAAGACCUGGAAGAAAAGUUUUUAUUUCUGUUCUUAUUCUUUUCUCUUGCCUUUAUCCUUUGGCCUUGAUGUCUUUGACACCUCCCGACUGAGUCUUUAUGGAAGUUCAGAAAAUGUACAGAACAAUGGUUUCAAUCUAUUAAUGAACAGAACCUGGUUUACAGCAAUCUUAUUUAUGUAGUCAAGGCUACCCUUACAUAUUUUAUAUAAGCCAUUUGCAAGAUUGGUUGCUUGGCGGUUUCUACGAGAUCCAAUCUGAUACAGUAUAUGCUGCAUUGAACUGAACAUGUGUGAAACAUGUCGAGUAAAACUAUACUUGAUUGAGAGCAAGGCAGAAAUGUUCACAUAAGUUCAAAUACACAUGUCUCCAGCAAACCAAAGUCAGGAAGAUCAUAUCCCUGCCGUGCAGGGUACCUCUUAAAACCAUCACAUCACUGGAUUCACGAGUUGGAAACGGAAGAAAUAAGUCCCCAAAAGGAAUUUCUUUCUUCCACAAAACCACGUAAUGAGUGGAAAAUCACGAUCGACCAGGACGGAACGACUGUCCUUUAUUACACAGAGAUUGUGAGUACUCACUCAGGUGACCAAGGUGACCCACUGUAACAAAGCACCGGAAACAGGAAACCAUUCAGGAACUGACUGUAAAUGGAUGUCCCUGUGAGAUAGAGCGUACCACACAGAAUGGUCACUAGAGGGCAUUCACUGAAGAAGGAAGCUGUUUGGUUGAUAUCCUGUUGGAAGAAUGAUCUGAACACAUGAUAUCGUUAUUAAAAAAGGACACAAGUAAAUUAUUCACUUACUAGUUUUUUUUUGUUUUGUUUUGUUUUUUUUUGUUUUUUGUUUUUUGUAAAAUGUUCUAUCAGUAUAGAAAUGUACAGGCUUUUACCUUACCAGAAACUGUUCCUUUGAAUGUACCGGUUUACAUUUGUGUAUAUGUACAUGACUGUGGCUGUUUGUUUAUUAUCUUAUUGUUAAUAGUGACUCAUAAGUUAACAUCCAUACUUGGUAUUUGCGGCUUGAACAAGAGUAUCACACAACCAUUUGUGUGUUAAUGUACAGUAUAAAAUACCUAUUGUGGUGACAGCAGAACCUUUUUUUCCAUAAAAGUACAAUAGAUAUUGCAAAGUUUUAAGGCUGUUGCAUUUUUCUCUUUGGGAAUAUUACAUCUAUGGUCAUGUAAUUUCUUUAUUUAGUUAUCUCAAGGAUUACUGCUUUGUUUCUAUGCAGCACAACAUUCUUACUUUAGCGAUCCCAUCGAACUGCAAUAGGAGACUUUGUAAUGGAGAAAGUUUGUGUAAUUGAUAUAGCGGUUGUGUCUUUUGUUUUGCCAUGGUUGAGACAAAAGCUUUUAGUUUGCAGAUGAAAAGUCUACAUUGUUGAGCAAAGAGCACCCCCAACCACCAACUACUAAUAAUUCAAGAAUACAAACUAACCGGAACUCGUAGUGCACAUGCCUUAAAUGUUCUUCCUUUUUCUAACUGAUGCAAAACAAAAGCAAGUUACUAUCCUUAUCUUUCUGAUCCUGUUGCGUGACUAGCAGAUCAACAUUUCUAAUAGUCACUGACUCCUAUAUCUUUAUUGGUUUAGCUAGGCAGGGCUUAUUGAAAUUUGAUUUACAAUAACAUAAGUCUUCCAAAAGAAAUUCCAUUACAGAUUCUAAACUCUUUCCACACCUAUUAAAAUACCUACUUUGUGUCACUGUACAUUUGUUUACUAUAUAAAGGAUUGAAAAGGCUUUAUGGAGAUGUUAUUACCUAACAUCGGUCAUACUUUACUUUCACAAAAAACAACAGCUUUUGGAUUGAAAUAAGUCCGGCCCAAGGUGUCUUAGCAAAAUACAUACUUUUGGUUACUAAGAGGACUGGCCAGUGCUAAAUAGGAAAAAUUCAAUUUUCUCAUUUGUAUAUUAAAUAGA